AUGAGCGAACGCCACGCUCUCAUUUAUGGUGCUAGCGGUAUUACGGGAUGGUCCAUUACAAACGCCAUUCUUGGUGGUUAUCCGACUGAGAGUACAUUCACCUCCGUUACGGCUCUGACGAAUCGACCCUUGGCAAAGGAGGCAGCUCAGUGGCCACGCACUGAAACCCCACAACUCCACGUCGCAAGUGGUAUUGACAUCUUGACCUCAAGAGGCCAGGAAGGCCUGGAGGCGGAUCUUAGAGAUAAAGUGAAGAACAUCAGCCAGAUCAGUCAUGUCUACUUCUUCGCAUACAUCAUGGACACCGACCCGGCAAAAGAAUGUCGUAUCAACAAGGAACUUCUCAGAAGAGCUAUAAGCGCCGUCGAAAACCUCUCCUCGAGCCUCGAAUUUGUCGUCCUGCCGACCGGAACCAAAGCCUACGGUGUUCAUCUGCUCGAUCAGUUUCCCUUUUCACAGGACUUGCCACUUCGUGAGUCCUUGCCGCGGAUACCGGAGCCUUUUGCUUCCCAGAUGUUCUACUAUGACCAGACCGACAUGUUGUCGCAAAUGGCAAAGGGGAAGAACUGGAGCUGGUGUGAGAUCAUACCUGACAAUAUCAUCGGUUUCGUCCCUAACAACAACAUCUAUUGCUUGGCGCAAACCAUUGGCACAUACCUUUCGUUGUAUGCGGAGUUACACGAGAAGGGGGCCGAAUGCCCAUUUCCAGGCACCGAAAAGUCCUGGAACAACCUGAGCAGCGAGUGUAACCAAGACAUUAUCGCCAAAGUGUGCAUCUAUGCGUCUCUUCACCCAGAACAAACAUCCGAACAGCGAUACAACGUCGCAGACAACUCGCAGCCUUCGUCCUGGAGUAGAAAAUGGCCAGUCAUCUGCGAGUAUUUCGGUCUCGAGGGGACAGGACCUCCUGCACAGGGACAGGCACCUCAACCUGUGCAGUAUCUGUCGGAACACUUCGACGAAUGGAAAGAGCUGGAAAAGAAACACGGGCUUGUAACCGGUCGUGUCGCCAACAAUCGAAGCUUCGAAGGCUUCGCUGGCUUCAUCAUGUCCAUGCUCAACUUUGACCGACAUCUCGACGUUUCGAAAUGUCAUGAGAUGUGGGGUCCGAAAAAGGAGGAGAUUGAUACAAGGCAGUCCUGGUAUACGACUCUGGACAGGUUCAAAGAGGCCAGAAUCAUCCAUUAG